GAGGCUCUUCUCAAGAUUUUUGUGAACAACUCCACGUGCAUCGACGGGUUAUGAAACGGUAUCGAUAUAAAAAUCAAAAGCCAGUUACAAAAUUCCUGUUUCUCACUCUCUUCACUCCGUUUUCGUUUCUCUCUCUCUCGAAAAAUGUUACCGCCAGUACCAAAAACAGUAGUAUCAGCGAUGAACAAAGCAGCAGCAGCAGCAUCUUCAUCAAAAACUAUACUAAUAACAGGUGUAAGUAAGGGUCUUGGUAAAGCCUUGGCUUUGGAAAUGGCAAAAAGAGGUCAUACUAUUAUUGGUUGUUCACGUUCUCAGGAUAAACUUGAUUUACUUCAAACAGAACUUACUUCUUCUGCAACACAAACUUCAUCUCCAAUUCGAGAAAUUAAACAUCUUUUGAUGAAAGCUGAUGUUAGAUCAGAUGGUAGUAUUGCUGAAUUAGCUAGACUGGUGAUGGAAUCCAAAUGUUUACCUGAUAUUAUAGUAAACAAUGCAGGCACAAUUAAUAAAAACAACAGGAUCUGGGAAGUGCCAGCUGAAGAGUUUGAUGCUGUGAUAGACACCAAUAUAAAAGGGAUAGCUAAUAUUUUGCGACACUUCAUGCCACAUAUGGUUGAGAUCAAGAAAGGGAUUAUUGUUAACAUGUCAUCUGGUUGGGGAAGGUCUGGAGCUGCACAGGUCGCACCCUACUGUGCUUCGAAAUGGGCAAUUGAGGGAAUGACCAGAUCUGUUGCAAAGGAGGUACCAGAGGGAAUGGCAAUUGUGGCGGUUAGUCCAGGUGUAGUCAAUACCGACAUGCUUGCGUCGUGCUUUGGUACUUCAGCAUCAGUAUAUCAGGCACCUGAAGUUUGGGCCCCAAAAGCUGCGGCAAUGAUCCUUAAUCUUACUCCAGCAGAUAAUGGCGCUUCACUCACUGUUUGAAGAUCCUCCUUGUUUCAGACAUCCGUACAUAGGCAGAAGUUAACGUGAUUUGAAAUUGUCACAAACGUGUAAAGGGAAAUGGUGUUGAUUCAUAUAGGGGAGUAUCCUCUAUUGAUCGUUCAUAUCAUGAAGCCCUGGCGGCUGUUUUCUUGUCCGGUUUUUAGGUAGUAAGAUCAAUUAUCGAGCAUUCAUAUCAUUUGACAUCAGUUGUACUUAUCACAGUUUUUUUUUCUUUUAUCUGCUGUUGUUCAUCCCUGCAAAGUGUCCUAGUCAAUAAUUCGUUGCUGAGCAUCUUAUGACAAUUCUUUUAUAUGUCUAUCACGCAAUUGAUAUUUGGUAUAAAAUUCACUUUAGAUGGCGGA